UAUCAAGGAUUUGUAUAGUUAGAAGGAUUGGAAUCUCGUGAGCUUUUGCAUAGACUGUAGUAUAACAUCUUAUGCGACGCGAGAUUUUGUGAGAUUACCCAUGGUGCAUCUGGAAAAUGCUAACUAGCUCCGAUUAAUGGCUGACAUUUGCAUCACCUAAACAAAUAUACAUCGAUAUUAUUCACCAAAAUGCCAAAACUUAAGAAAAGAAGAAAUGUCCAAUCACAAAGAAAGGUCCCAAAAAAACCUAACCAGUCGUCUGCCAACAGCAGUUUCAAUCUUGACCAUUCACACACCAGUCAUGAUCAUGUAGACUUAACGACAGCAUGCCUUGAAGAAGAAAUAGAACUAGGAUUGAUAAAUUCUGCAGAAAUCGAAGACAUUGAACCUAAGCAGUCAUCUACCAACAGCAGUUUCAAUCUUGACCAUUCAUACACCAGUCAUGAUCAUGUAGACUUAACAACAGCAUGCCAUGAAGAAGGAAUGGAAAUAGGAUUGAUAAAUUCUGCUGAAAUUGAAGACAUUGAACCUAUACAGACACAGCUAGAUCAUGUAGAUGUUGAAGAUAUACAGCUAGAAGAGAGCCUUUAUUCUGACCCUGUUAGUUCAACAAUGCCUUAUGAAGAUUUGAAAAGUAAUCUACAGAAAUACCUAAGUACUUCAUAUACACUUGAUCAAAACAGUGACUACAUUCAAAUUAUGCAGUUGUAUCCAUCUACAGGCACUGCAUCAGUAAAACUAAAUGUUACCAUUGACCAGAAGUUUGCAGCCAAAGUAUUUGUUCACCGGAUAGAACUUUGCUCCGAUCACCAAUUAUGGAAAGAUUUGCCAACAACAUUUGAUUCAAUUAUUAACAUUCAGUCUUUACUAUCUAAACUUGAGAGCUUCUCUGUGUGUGUUGGGAACUAUGAAAAUGACCUUAUCGAUGUAAUACCAAUUGGCAGCGCAGUGCAACAUGCUAAACCUGCUUCAACAAACUGUCAUGGUUAUAGAGAGGGUGAUUUCGGUGCAGUCAAGGGAACUAUAUCAUAUUCGUCAACAGUCCGCAAUGUUCAAUGUGCACUCCUUGUGCAAGGUCACAGAUGUUACCAGUGCAGUCAACUGAGACGUAUUUUAGUAGGCAGGAAGUACAGACAAGAAGAAAAGCAACGCAAAACUCAGGAAACAUCUGGCCCAACUGACUAUCUUCACAGUAAGAUGCAGCACAGUAAUAUGUCAAAGCUGCAGCUGAUAGAAAAAAUUCACCAACAGAAAGACAAGAUCACCAAUCUACAGAAUGAGAUAUUACGCACUAGAAAUCAGUUUCAACGAGAGAUGGCAAGCAAAGGGGUUACACUGGACUUCAGUCAAUCACUUGAAAUUAAAGACACCAUGGCAACAUGCAAUGCUGAGAUGGAAAAAGCAUGUCCUGAUGAAAAUUCAUAUCAAAGAUUGUUCUGGACUGAACAAAUGAAGUGUAUGAAUCUACAGUCAACAAAAGGUAUGCGAUGGCAUCCUAUGAUUUUGAGAUGGUGUCUCUAUCUACGUCAAAAGUCUUCUGCAGCAUAUGAUGCCCUAAGAGAUUCAGGAUUUAUCACACUACCUAGUUCCAGAACCCUGUUUGAUUACUCUCAUUAUACCCGGAGUGACAACGGAUUUUUACCUGAUGUCAUCAAAGUCCUGAAGGAAGAAGCUACCAAAAGAGACAUGUAUAGCAAAGAGGAUGUUUGGAAAAACUAUGUAGGAAUUCUCUUUGAUGAGAUAAAGAUCAAGUCUGACCUAGUUUAUGACAAGCAUACAGGGGAACUAAUUGGUUAUUGCAAUCUGGACAAAGUUGGCAACCAAAUUAUGGAGAUGGAGAGGAGCCUUAAAGACAGUUCAUCUGAUGACAUUGCAAAAUACAUGCUGGUCUUAAUGGUAAGAGGUGUGGCUACAGAUCUGAAGUUUCCUUUGGCUGGGUUUGCAACACUAAGCAUUACAGCAGACUUUCUGUAUCCCAUAAUCUGGAAAGCGAUACGUAUAUUAGAAACAACAAGUGCUGCUCAACUAAAAGUUUUAUUCCUAACCUGUGAUGGUGCAUCAGCAAAUCGUAAAUUCUUCAAUCUUCAUGGACAAGUUAAUGACUUUGUUUACUUCACAGAUAAUCCGUUUUCAGAAGAUGGCAGGAAAAUUUACUUUGUGUCAGAUGUUCCCCAUUUAAUUAAGACUACUCGUAACUGCUUCAGCAACUCAUUUUCACACCUGAACACUCGCAAAUUGUGGAAUAAUGGAAAAGACGUGUCCUGGAUUCAUUUGUUGACCUUGUUUGAGCAACAUUGUGAGAUGUCACUUUACACUCCAUGUCCAAAACUGACAAGAAGCCACCUUGACCUAACACCAUUUGGACGCAUGAAAGUGAAUUUAGCUGCACAGGUGCUGAGUUCUACUGUGGCAAAUGCUUUGGAGAUGAUGUACGGUGAUAAUGUAAGUGAAACAGUUAAUUUUCUCCGGAUAAUUGACAAAUUUUUUGACUGUCUAAAUGUCAGAAACCUCUAUGAGGGACGAAAUAAGCGGAAUCCGAAUUUGAAUCCAUACACCAAUAUAAAUGACGAAAGGCUUCAGUGGCUUACUGGUGACUUUUUAAGUUAUUUUGAUUUGUGGGAGCAAUCUGUUAUGCAGAGACCAGGUGAAUUUACAAACAAGCAGAGGAAAGGUAUGCUUUUAAGUAGACAAACAUUAACUGGUUUGAAGAUAAGUGUGCUUUCCAUUGUGGCAUGUGUCAAAUUUCUUCUUGAGAUUGGAGCUAAGUUUGUUUUAACCCACAACUUCAACCAAGACCCACUCGAACAACAUUUUGGGCAUUAUAGACAUAGAGCUGGUGACAACUCAAAUCCAACUGUGUAUGAUGUACGACACAUGAUGACAACAAUGCGAGCCGUAGGAGCCCAGGCCUUGGCACCACGACACUCUAACAUUAACAACAAGGAAAACAGAAAUAUGGUCAUUGACAACAGCAAGUUACCAAAACGUGGAAAUUACUUUUGAUUAAAUGUAUGAAUGUAUGUUAUAUUAAUGUGAAUCAAAAACUCAGGUCACAAUUAUUUUUUGUAAAUUUUAAGGAGUCUAUAGUUAUGUCACAUUACUUAAGUGAUCAUAUAAUAUUUCUGAUCUUUUCCCAUUGCAUUUGUAUAUACAUGUAUGGUGUGUGGCUAAAAUGUACAAUCAACAAUGAUGUUAAGAUGAAUGUAUUAAAAAAGCAGAUAUACAAAACAAGUAUGCAGUAUCUUAAUUUAAAUGUAUCACAAAUUUUUUGGUUCAAUGAAUUAUAUUACAGUUAUAUUUCUUCAUGCAAAAUAACUCGAGCUGUACUUGUUGUUUUAGUUUAUACGAAUCUUCCACUUAAAGAAUUGUCCUUUCUGAUCCUGAAAUAUCUGCCACUGGACAUAAAACAGACUUUGUUAAUGUGUAGGGGAUCUUGCUUAUAAUAAUGAUGUUUUCUGUCACAUGGUUAUUGUGAUGUCAAAUAGAUUAAAUUGUCUUUCUGGUCCUGAAAUAGUUGCCACUGGACAUAAAACAAACCUUCUGUUAAUCAUUUGUUAAUGGGUAGAUGAUCUUGUUAGAAUUAAUUAUGUUUUCUGUCUAUAGUAAUUGUAUCAAAUACUAGUAGAUUAAAUUGUGCAAAAUUAGGUACUAGUAAUUUAAUAGUAGUUUUGUUUGUUAAUUUGUUUUUUACAAUGUAUUAUAUAAUUAAUUUAACAUUUUGUAAUAUAAAAUAUAUUUGUGUUAUUUGAGGAUGUACUUAGGCAUUUAGGUGAGGUUUUGGAAUUUGUGUCGACUGUUGGUACUCCUUGGUGUUUUUCCAUACAAUACAAUGUAAAAUAUUUUGCCCCAUAACACUCAUGUAUUUUUUCAUAUCAGACUUAAUAGCUUAUAUGAAAGGUCAUUUACCAAAAUUUUAGAAGAUUCUUGAUUUUCUUUCUUAUGUUUUGAGACCCAAUAAUACCCAUGGAAAUUAAAUAUAAGUUACAUAAAAGUAUGCCAUAUUUUAAAUCUCAAAUAUCUAGAAAGAGGUCCAUGACCUAUCAAUAUUUUAGCUAAUCUUUAUUCUUAAUUAUAUAAAUUAAUGCUUUAUCAGCUUAAAUUAUUAAUUGUAAUUUCUUAAUUUUUACCUAU